AUGCCCGCCUCAAUCGUCGCUCGCGUCGUCGUCACGCGCGCGUGCGCCCGCGCGCGCGUUCGUCGUCGAACCGCGGUGACAACGCGCUGCUCGAGCUCUGGGUCUCUGGUCCUCGCGCGCCCCGACGACUGGCACGUGCACCUGCGAGAUCCCUCGAGGCUCGCGGACGUCGUCCCGCACACCUCGAACGUGUUCAAGCGCGCGCUGGUGAUGCCGAACCUCACGCCGCCGAUUCGCACGGCGAAAGAAGCGAAGGAGUACAGAGACCUGAUUCAAGCGGCGGCGACGGCGGGCGCGCGCGAGGCGAGCGGCGAACCGUUCGAGGCGCAGAUGUCGCUGUAUCUGACAGAUAAUACCACAGAGGGGAUGGUGGAAGAGGCUGCGGCGAGCGGGAUCGUUCGAGGGUACAAGUUGUACCCGGCGGGGGCGACGACGAACAGCGAGUUCGGCGUCACGGAUGUGAAGAAGACUGAAAAAGCCCUGAGGAAGAUGGCCGAGCUCGGAUUGACGCUGCAGGUGCACGGAGAGGUGACGCACGCAGAUGUAGAUGUGUUCGAUCGCGAGGCGAAGUUCAUCAAGGAGGUUCUGAUCCCUCUGCUCGAUAGCGCGCCAGAGCUCCGAGUGGUCAUGGAACACAUCACGACGAGACAAGCAGCGGAGUUCGUUGCAGCGGCUCCGGAUAACGUGGGGGCGACGAUCACGCCGCAGCACAUUCUUUUCAAUCGCAACGCUCUGUUCAAGGGCGGACUGCGGCCGCACUUUUACUGCCUUCCCGUGCUCAAGCGAGAGGAGCAUCGCGAGGCGUGCCUGGCAGCGGCGACGAGUGGGAGCAAAAAAUUCUUUUUGGGCACGGACAGCGCACCGCACCCGAGAGGUGCGAAGGAGUCCGCGUGCGGGUGCGCAGGUAUCUUCUCCGCGCAUGCCGCGCUGCCGCUGUACGCUAUGGCAUUCGAGUCCGUCAGUGCCCUGGAUAAGCUCGAGGCGUUCGCGUCGCACAAUGGCGCCGACUUUUAUCGCGUUCCGCGAAACACCGAAAAGGUGACGCUCGUGAAGAAGCCGUGGAUGGUUCCGAACGAGUACAACUUCGGCGACACUAUCGUGGUGCCGUUCUAUGCCGGGGAGGAGAUUCCAUGGACGGUAGAGAUGUGA